CUCCGAGAGGCCGAGGGGAGCCCAGCCUGGAGGCGUGUUCAUCUGGAGUUUUCUUUUACUUGCCAGCCCUCGUGUGUGCGCGCGCACUCACACACAGACACACACACACACAGUCAAUCCUUUUGGUCUGGCGGUGGUGGCGAGGCGCAGACCUCCGCAGAGAAGCCGAGCAAGCGAAGUUUUCCAAAGCAGAGGCAGCUGGGCAGCCGGGGCCGCGCCGGCGCGGGGACAUCCGCCACCCUCCGCGUCACCCUCCGGUCCGACCCGGCGUCUCCGGCCCAGGCACCGAGCGCGCACCGGGCAUCGUCUGCGCCCGGCCCGCUCCACGGUUUGAAAAGAAAAAAAAAAUUUAAGAGGGAGCUGUAAACCUAACUGCACGUAAAAGACAUUUGCUCAACUCUGCAUUGGGAUGGAAACCUUUGGCCUUCAGGUGACCUUCUGGCUGGUGAUGUUUGGCUAUGUGCUCAGUGAUAAUCCUGAGAGAUACAACACCAAUCUAAGUGACAGUGUGGACGAUUUCACCACUUUUCGUGGGACAGAGCUCAGCCUCCUGGUCACCACCCAUCGACCAACUAAUUUGGCCCUGCCAAGCAAUAGCUCCGUGCACAGCUACUGCCCACAGCAGACUAAAAUUACUUCAGUGUUCAAAUACAUUACCACGGUGAUAUCUUGUACUAUUUUCAUCGUGGGAAUGGUGGGGAAUGCAACUCUGCUCAGGAUCAUUUACCAGAACAAGUGCAUGAGGAAUGGCCCCAACGCGCUGAUAGCCAGCCUUGCCCUUGGAGACCUUAUCUAUGUGGUCAUUGAUCUGCCUAUCAAUGUGUUUAAGCUGCUGGCUGGGCGCUGGCCUUUUGACCACAAUGACUUCGGCGUGUUUCUCUGCAAGCUCUUCCCCUUUCUGCAGAAGUCCUCCGUGGGAAUCACCGUCCUCAAUCUCUGUGCCCUCAGUGUUGACAGGUACAGAGCAGUUGCUUCCUGGAGUCGUGUUCAGGGAAUUGGGAUUCCCUUGGUCACUGCCAUUGAAAUUGUCUCCAUCUGGAUCCUUUCCUUUAUGCUGGCCAUCCCGGAAGCAAUUGGCUUCGUCAUGGUGCCCUUCGAAUACAAGGGUGAACAGCACAAAACCUGUAUGCUCAAUGCUACAUCAAAAUUCAUGGAGUUCUACCAAGACGUGAAGGACUGGUGGCUCUUUGGGUUCUAUUUCUGCAUGCCCUUGGUGUGCACUGCAAUCUUCUACACCCUGAUGACUUGUGAGAUGUUAAACAGGAGAAAUGGUAGCUUGAGGAUUGCCCUCAGUGAACAUCUUAAACAGCGUCGUGAAGUGGCAAAAACCGUUUUCUGCUUGGUUGUAAUUUUCGCCCUCUGCUGGUUCCCUCUGCAUUUAAGCCGCAUUUUGAAGAAAACCGUGUAUGAUGAGAUGGACAAGAACCGAUGUGAAUUACUUAGUUUCUUGCUGCUCAUGGAUUACAUUGGUAUUAACUUGGCAACUAUGAAUUCAUGUAUAAACCCCAUCGCUCUAUAUUUUGUGAGCAAGAAAUUUAAAAAUUGUUUUCAGUCUUGCCUCUGCUGCUGCUGCUACCAGUCCAAGAGUCUGAUGACCUCGGUCCCAAUGAAUGGAACCAGCGUCCAGUGGAAGAACCAUGAACAGAACAAUCACCACACCGAGAGGAGCAGCCACAAGGACAGCAUCAACUAGGUUUCGGGAGAAAAGCUCAGCAGUAUUCCCUCCGUUCCUGCUGGAGAGAAAGCUCCCAGCCACUCUCUUUCCAGAAAGGUCUUCUCUGGCCCUUCUUCGCUCUUACCUGAGUCCCAUUCCUGGGGAAGAACAAUGCUUCCAAAACACCAGAGCCUGGACUGGCUGUCCCGGGAGAUUCUGUGCAUCUUGUGUCUUUCAUCAAAUCCACAUAAUCUGCAUGCUACAGCACUAAGAGACAGUCCUAGUCGAGACUGGGGAAGGAGACUCUCCACGAAACCAGAAAGGUGUUUACUCCCCCCUUGACAGGAACAGUCUUCAGGUACACGACCGACUUCACGGCAGGUCUCGGGAACUUUCCGUGAGAACUGAACUGUGGAACUUUAGUGAUGAUGACAAAAUGUCUUUUUCAAAGUGACAUGUUUUUCCUCCUAAAGUCAAACACAGUAUGGGUUAAGCCACCUCUGUGUGAAACAUCAUUCACGUCAGUGUUUUUUUAACUUCAUAGCAGCAUGGAAAUGAUCUUUGAGAUCAUUUAUACAUCUUGUGCACACACAUUAAAAAAGGAGAAAAGCAGCAUUCAGGUCAGCAGAUCAUUGGUUUACUUCCAAUGAAUUCCACAUGCUGCCACAGACACGGGCCACGGAAGCACAGCCUGGCCACCACAUGUGUUUGCUGAAUGGCUGCUACGCAAAGAAUUUGUAAGAACCUGUAUUUUUAAUGCUCUUCUGUUACAGGACAUCUUGAACCUAUUUUCAUAUAAACUCAAAAUGCAUUCUUGACUAAACAGUUCUAUUUUUCCCUAACCCAAUUUGUCCAUGCAUAGAAGGUUGUUUUUUUUUAAUAUAUAAACUCAAUAUCACAUGCCAAAAUGUAAAAGGAUAUGCAUUUAACCGUGCCUGAGACUGUCAAUGCAGAACAUAGAAAUCUAAAGCACACCACAGAGAAAGGUUCAAACAUUUUUAGAUGUUGAAAUUUUACUGAUAUUUUUAAUAAUAACUCUUGUAUAUACAUGCAUGUACAUAUAUUAUGCAAAUCUCUUUGUGUUCUCUUAUGUCUCUAUGUAUUAGCUGGCAGUAAGACUUUUUCAGCGUUCCUCUUUUCUAGAUAGGAAACGUAAUUUCAAAGUGGCCAUCUGAGUUUAUGAACCCUCACACAAAACCUCACACACACACACACACACACACACACACACACACACACACACACACAAACUCAUUGCCACUGAGUCCAUUCUAACUCAUAGCAAGCCUAGGAGACAGGAAAUCCUGCCCCCGCAGGAUUUCCAAGACUGGAUUAUGACAGAAGUAGACUGUCACACCAUUCUCCCAUAGUUUAUCAGGCCAGGAAGAUUUUUUUUAAAUCGUCCUUUGAGGGGAUUCUGACUCAGAGAAACCCUGCACAGUUUUCGAGGCUUUGUAACUCUUUCAUGGGACAGAGAGCCUCAUCUUUCUUCCUUAGAGCAGCUGAUAGAUUUGAACAGCUGACCAUGUGGUUAGCAGUCCAACUGUACCCAACGGCGCCACAGGGCUUCUGGAACAUAUAAUCACGCCUCCAAAUGCUGCCCUGAAUGUAGGAAUCUUCACUCUACUGGCUGUCCAGUGUGAACCUAAAUCCUCCCACCCUGCUCGUAUGGUCACCGUUUCAAAAGGCCCACAGUGACUUUUACUGGGCAUUUUCCCAAAUGUUUACAGAGUGUGAAUAUGGCAGUAAACCUUUUAUUGUAUAUAGAUAUAAAUAUAUAUAAAUUUGUAUGUUUCUCUUAGCCAAUUUUUCUGUGAUUGUCUCUCUGGAAUGCAUUUGGUGCAUGUAAUAUGUGCAUGUGUGUGGUGGUAUGUAUGGACUUUGUGUAGCAUAAUAUUACAGUCCUGUAAUUGUGCCAAAACAUAUAUUCUGGGGGAAAAAACACAUAUAUUCUGAGUGGUAUCAAGGCACUUUUUCAUUGGACAACUGCCCUCAAUAAAUAUUCACCUGUUACACUCAACUACAUGUAUCAAUCUGUGACCAUGUUGCCAUUGGGAAUGGAACACGGCAGGGAGCCUGAAAGAAGACGACCCCUGGGGUUUUCUUUUUUUUUUGACUAGUGGGUUGUUUUGAUGAAGGGGUGCUUGGUAUUGUGUAUUGUCUCCUGGGCUGGAACAAAAGUUAUGACGCAUUAAAGUAUUAAACAGGUCUCAUCUUCUGCUCA